GAAAAAUGAACUGAUUGUUAAAAAAGUGUGUGCAGAGAGGAGCAGGUUUGAGAAGCUCAUGGAGUUUUUCCGCAGCGAAGACAACAACAUCGACUUCAUGGUGGCGUGCAUGCAGUUCAUCAACAUCGUGGUUCACUCAGUGGAGAACAUGAACUUCAGAGUUCACCUUCAGUACGAGUUCACUCUUCACGAGCUGGAUGAUUAUCUGGAGAGGUUAAAGUUCACAGAGAGCGACCGGCUGCUGGUGCAGAUUCAGGCGUACCUGGACAACGUGUUUGAUGUGGCAACUCUGCUGGAGGACGCGGAGACGAAGAACGCUCUGCUGGAACACAUGGAGGAGCUGCAGGGACACAACACACAGCUGGGCAGCAGACUUGAGGAGAACGAGAGGGAGACGAUGGAGAAAGUGUCGGAGUUUGAGAAAAAACUCAUUCAGACGACAAAAGAAGUGGAGCUGCUGAAGGAGAGUCUUCGAGACUCGUGCUCUCAGGUGGCUGUGCUGCAGCAGCGAGAGCGAGAGAGCGAGCUACAGCGUGAGAGCGACAGGGAGCGAGAGAGAGACAGGGACCGGUCCAUCCAGGCCCUGAGGGAGCUGGAGGUCAAAGUUCAAGCUCUGGUGGAGCAAGGGCUCGUUCGGAUGGAGCGAUCCGGGUCCGGACACCUGGAGCUCCAGGUGGUCCCUGUCAUCCCGCACGAGACUCAGAAAGCUAAAGACGAAGCAGGCACAGGUGAUGAGGCCACGCCCACCUCCUCAGACCCUACGCCAUGUCUUCCUGAAGUAGAAAAAUCGCCUCCACCACCUCCGCCUCCUCCGCCUCCUCCGCCUCCUCCCCCACCACCUCCGACCACAACCACAGCUCCUCCUCUACCUGUAGCCCCGCCUCCUCCACCUGUUGCCCCACCGCCUCCUCUGCUGCCCCCUGGAGGUGGUACAGCCCAGCACUCAGGGGCUGAUGGGAGCUCAGGUUGUAAACAGAAGAAGACGAUUCAGACGAAGUACCAGAUGCCGCUGCUGAACUGGCAGCCGCUGAAAUCCAACCAGGUGACAGGAACCAUCUUCAACGAGCUGGACGACGAACACGUGUUACAGGAGCUCAACAUGGCCGCCUUUGAGGAGCAGUUUAAGACCAAGGCCCAGUCCGCCCCUGUGGCCCCGGGGACCCUCAAGAUGAAACUGGCUCAUAAGUCCCCGAGUAAAGUGUCUCUGAUGGAGCCCAACAGGGCGAAGAACCUCGCCAUCACCCUGCGGAAGGAGGGGAUGGCUGCGUCCGACAUUUGCUGCGCCAUCGAGACGUACAACCAGAGAGCUCUGAGUCUGGACUUCCUCGAGCUGCUGGAGCGCUUCAUCCCCUCGGAGUACGAGAUGAGGCUCAUCCACGACUACGAGUGUGAGGGCAGGCCCCUGGACGAGCUCAGCGAGGAGGACCGCUUCAUGGUGCGCUUCAGCAAGAUCCCGCGGCUCUGCCAGCGAAUCAGAGCGCUCACCUUCAUGGGCAACUUCCCCGAGAGCGUCCAGCUGAUCCAGCCCCAACUCGACGCCGUCAUCGCCGCCUCAAUGUCGAUCAAAUCCUCCGACAAACUGAAGAGAAUCCUGGAGAUCAUCUUAGCUUUUGGAAACUACAUGAACAGCAGCAAGCGAGGAGCCGCGUACGGCUUCCGUCUGCAGAGCCUCGAUUUGUUGUUGGAAACUAAAUCCACCGACCGCAAACAGACGCUGCUGCACUUCAUCGUCAGCAUCAUCCAGGAGAAAUACCCAGAAGUCCAGAGUUUCUACUCAGAGCUGCACUUCCUGGACAAAGCAUCGAUGGUGUCUCUCGACAGUAUCCUGCAGGACGUGCGAGCUCUGCAGCGAGGCAUGGGGGCGACCGCCGCCGAGUUCUCGCUGGAACAAGAGAAUCCCGUUCUGCAGACGUUUCUCAGCAGGAACACAGAGCUGCUCGACUCCCUGGUGGCUGAUGGGAAAACUGCACAGGAUGCGUACGACUCGGCCGUGGAAUACUUCGGGGAACACUCCAAGACGACUCCUCCCUCCAUGUUCUUCCCGGUUUUUGUCAGAUUCAUCAAAGCGUACAAGCAAGCGGAGCAGGACAACGAGCAGAAGAGGAAACUUGUCCCGAACUCUGAAACUCCGUCGACUCCGACUAAACCUGACGUCAUGGAGAAUAAGGUUUCCGUGGUGACCAGGCUGCCGCAGAUGGAUCUGAUAGCGGAGCUGAAGAGGAGGCAGGUGUCUCCGCUGGUGAGGGAGGGGAAGGACGGCGCCAUCGAGGACAUCAUCACAGCUCUAAAGUCCGUGCCCUUCACGGCUCGCUCGGCCAAACGCUCCUCUCGCCUCUUCUGCGACUCCGUCUUCAGCGACGAGGUGACGUCUUGAAUCCCUCGGUGGUUUGAAUGUUUUCUGAGCAGGGACGGAGGCUGACGCACAGAUUGUGGGAUAAUAAUC